AUGUCCGUAACUAAUGAAACUAGUUCUAUGAAUCUGAGCUUGGAGGAGCUAAAGACCUUCAGCCUCCUCUCGUCAGCUGCUCCUUCAAUCCGGGAAUUGAGAACAGACUUCCCCGGAUGGCUGAAUUCUGUGACCUGUGGGCUUCUGCUUCUCUUCUGUGUGCAUGGACAGGAUUCAUCCAGCCCCAUCAGGAACACACAUACUGGACAGGUACAGGGCAGCCUUGUCUACUUGGAGGACAUCAACAUGGGAGUCCACACCUUCCUGGGAAUUCCCUUUGCCAAGCCACCUGUAGGACAUCUGCGGUUUGCUCCUCCUGAGCCCCCUGAGCCGUGGAGUGGUGUGAGGGAUGGAACAUCUCACCCAGCCAUGUGUCUACAGAGUACCACUGAAAUGAGUGCAUUGUUAGAGACCCUGUUCAAAAGAACCCCACCUCUUCUUUCUAUGUCUGAAGACUGCCUGUACCUCAGCAUCUACUCACCUGUUCAUGCCUCUGAGGGCUCCAACCUGCCUGUGAUGGUAUGGAUCCAUGGUGGUGGACUGGUUAUGGGCAUGGCUUCUUUGUAUGAUGGAUCGAAGCUAGCAGCCAUUGAGGACAUUGUGGUGGUCACUAUCCAGUACCGCCUGGGUGUCCUGGGUUACUUCAGCACUGCAGAUGAGCAUGCCAGAGGCAACUGGGGUUACCUGGACCAAGUUGCCGCCCUACGCUGGGUCCAGCAGAAUAUUGUCCACUUUGGAGGCAACCCUGACCGGGUCACUAUUUUUGGCGAGUCAGCAGGUGGCAUAAGUGUGUCUUCACUUGUUAUGUCUCCCAUGUCUCAAGGACUCUUCCAUGGUGCCAUUAUACAGAGUGGAGUGGCCAUAAUGCCUGGUCUCAUCUCCCACUCUGCUGAAGUGGUCUACACUAUGGUGGCCAACCUGUCUGGAUGUAAUCAGAUGGACUCAGAGGCCCUGGUGGGCUGCCUGAGAGGCAAGAGUGAAGAGGAGCUUCUGGCUAUUACCAAGGUCUUCAAGAUCAUCCCUGCUGUGGUAGAUGGGGAAUUCUUUCCCAGACACCCUGAGGAGCUGUUGGUCUCUGCUGAUUUUCGACCUGUCCCCAGCAUCAUAGGUGUCACCAAUGAUGAGUAUAGCUGGGACAUCCCAAUGGUAGGUCCCAGAUACAACUCCUUGUGGAAAAAAAUGGACAGAGAGGCCAUUCAGGCUGGUCUACAGAGCAUACGAACACAACUGAUGUUGUCUCCUGAUUUUACUGACAUGCUGGUACAAGAAUACUUGGGAGACACCGAAGAUCCUGCGACUCUCCAAGUACAGUUCCAGGAGAUGAUAGCAGACUUGAUGUUUGUUAUCCCUGGCGUGCAAGUAGCACGUGCUCAGAGUUCUCUUGCCCCUGUCUACUUCUAUGAGUUCCAGCACCCGACCAACUUCUUCAAAGGUAUCAGGCCACCCCAUGUGAAGGCUGACCAUGGUGAUGAUAUUUUCUAUGUCUUUGGAUCAUCCUACUGGGGUAGCAAAUUUGACUUCACUGAGGAGGAGGAACUCCUGAGCAGGAGGAUAAUGAAGUAUUGGGCCAACUUUGCAAGACAUGGGAAUCCCAACAGCAUGGACCUGCCCUACUGGCCUAUAUUUAACCGGGAUGAACAGUACCUGCAGCUGGACAUCCAACCUACUGUCAGCCAUGCUCUGAAGGCAAACAGGAUGCAGUUCUGGACCGAAACCCUGCCCCAGAAGAUCCAGGAGCUGAAGGAUGUUGAGAACAAGCACACAGAGCUAUAGCAUGUUAUGCACAAUAAUGGGGUGUCCUGUUUAGAACUGGAGUCAACCUAAGGUGCCCACACACUCAGAAGACAAGGGUGACUCCAUCUUUCAGUAUUCAUGUAUCCCCUCUCCAUAUAUCUGUUCACCUAACACUUUAUUAUGUCACUGGUACCCUGUUUGUCUGGGUCAUGUAUUGAUUCACAUAUUCAAUAAAUGCUCUUUUGACAGUG